AUGUCAUUCCUUGGACUCGGAGGCCAGAACCCUAACGGACCUAGCAACCCCCAGAAGCUGCUCGCCGCUGAGGCCGAGCUCGACAUGGUCACCGACAUGUUCAACCGUCUGGUUGAGUCUUGCCACGAGAAGUGCAUCAAGGCCGACUACUCUUCCGGCGACCUCAACGCCAACGAGGGUCUGUGUCUCGACCGAUGUGUCGCCAAGUACUUUGACGUCAACACCAAGGUCGGAGAGGUGAGUAUGAGAGGAGCGGAUGGCAAUUAUGGAUUGGAAGACACUGCUAACACAGUACAUGCAGAAGCUUGGAAGCAGCGGAUCCUUCAUGGGCCGACCCUAAAUGUGAAAUAUGUACAUAGAAUAAAAGUCCAUGAGAUUGUACGUCUGACGAUGGUUUAUUUGGCCCCCUGGCACUUCAAUUGA